ACUCAUGCACAUAUACCCAUUUGAUGGUCGUGUGUACAUUUGUACGUUCUGUAAGCAGUUGGUGCAAUUAGAUCAAGCGUUUUUAGUAGCUUUUGUGCAUAAAACUUAAGAAAAUGGCUUCCGGAGUUACCGUAUCAGAUGUAUGCAAAACAACUUACGAAGAAAUUAAAAAGGACAAAAAGCACCGCUAUGUAAUUUUUUAUAUUCGAGACGAAAAACAAAUUGACGUUGAAACUGUAGGCGACCGAAAUGCUGAGUAUGACCAAUUUCUUGAAGACAUCCAAAAAUGUGGUCCGGGAGAAUGCCGCUAUGGUUUAUUCGAUUUCGAGUAUAUGCACCAAUGUCAAGGCACAUCAGAGAGCUCAAAGAAGCAGAAACUUUUCCUUAUGUCUUGGUGCCCGGACACCGCUAAGGUUAAGAAGAAGAUGUUGUACUCAAGUUCAUUCGAUGCUCUGAAGAAGUCAUUGGUGGGUGUACAGAAAUAUAUUCAAGCCACUGAUCUUUCUGAAGCCUCUAGGGAAGCAGUUGAAGAAAAAUUGCGCGCCACAGAUCGUCAAUAAACAUGAUAAAGUGUUCUACUUUUUUUGUAUUUGCAGUAGAAAUAAACAAAAAAUAAGAAAAAAUAA